UCACCUUCCAUGGGAGCCAGUGAAACUGAAUAUAGUGAUUCCUCCUCACCGUCUGGUAGCCGCCAGAGUGAACGGGAUUUUUAUUCCCCAGGAGGCAGCCAGUCAGGUGGACAUGGGUCAUCUUCUCAAAGUGGUAGCUACUCCAGUGGACAGGACUCAGCCUCAUCUGGAAGCAGCCAGUAUGGGGGGCAGGGUUCACCUUCCUCAGGAGGCAGCCAGUCUGGUGGACAGGGUGGAUGUGAUUGUUCUGGGGGAAGUUCUGGUGGAUCCCCUACUUUAGUCAGAAGUGAUUCCUCUGUAAAUGACUCGUCUUCCUCUGGAGGCAGCCAGUACAACAGCCAAGAUUCAUAUUCCUCUGGAGCUAGCCAGUAUGGAGGACAUGAGUCAUCUUCUUAUGGAGGCAGCCAGUAUGGUGGACAAGGUUCAGGAGGCAGCCAAUAUGGUGGACAGGGUUCACCUUCUGCAGGAGGCAGCCAGUAUGGAGGACAGGGCUUUUCCUCAGGAGUCAGAGAGUCUGGUGGACAGGGUGGGUGUGUGUGCCCCGGUGGAGGUUCAGGCUCUUUCUCAGGAAGCAACUACCAUGGUGGACAGGGUUCAUAUCCUGGAAGCAAUCAGUAUGGUGGACAGGCAAGUAUAUUUUCUUUGUUUUCAAGAUCUUCUUUCUACUUGCAAUUUAUUAUACAAGAAAUAUCAUGCAGUACAUAUACUGACAGAUUUCUAGGGUCAUUUUACUCCUAAUAAAUAUUUGAAAACAGGACUGUCAGUAGCUGGAGUCUAUUUGAAAUGGAGUAGCAUGAACAAAUUUCCACAUAAAGAAAUUCUGUAGAUCAUAAUUCAAGUUGUUUUGCCUCAGAAUGCCUCUUAUCUCAAAUUAUUUAAAAUUUUAAUUUACAUGAAUUUUCAUAUUUACAUUAAAUACUUGGAAAAUUUGGUACAGAAUAAACCAAUAGAUACUGCUUUAAAGGAUAUAAAUUCUUGUCUCUUACACACAAUAACACUACUUUCCUCUUCAGUUUCAACUCAAGACCCUUCUUGUUAAGUGUGUACCUUAUGCAGACUGUUUGUCACUGAUUCAGAAAUGUUACUAGUGCAAACAGCUGACAGAUUAAAUGGAUGACUAACUCAUAUGAUGGAGCUUCUUUUUUAUAAGUAUUACUGUGUUUGCAAUGUCUCACUCUGCCAUACUAAAAAAAUAAUUUCUUUUUACUCCACUGGUGAGCAUUGGAGUUCAGUAUCACUCUAUAAAAAGAUAAUCUCAUGUAGAAUGGAGAGGAUUCUCAACAGCUGCAAAUCAAUUUUUUUUUCCCCAAACUACCUAUUUGGUAAUACUAGCAAUGUUUUUACAAUAAUACACAUGAUGCUCUCUGAACAUGUUUGACAUAGUAGAAAAUCACAAAUAAAGUAGAUUGUUUUUUUUCUUCUUGAAUAAAGCCAUAUGUAAGACACUUUUAAUCCAUUUCUUUAUGUAAAAGAACAACCUCAGCAGGUGUUUUGUGACUGUUUUCCCAAUUUACAACUUUCAGCUGUUGAAGAACUUAGAGGCAUUGAAGUCAGAAGUCUUUCACUGCAUCUUUUUAGAUUAAUAUACUUUCCAGAUUAUGACUGAGAUCUGUCAAAAGUUCUG